AUGAUUUCGAAAGUUCUCAGUAAACAGGAUGUGCUAUCAGAAAAAGUUGGACAAUUGACCGAUUUGUCACUUCAAAAGCCACUUAUUCGUUUAAAUAGUGAACGGUUUAAAUAUUAUGUUACAUCACAACCAAGAAAUUAUUCAGUUUUUGUUAUGUUGACAGCAUUAGCUCCAGCACGAAAAUGUGCUAUUUGCCAAGAUGCACAUAAUGAAUAUGAAUUAGUUGCACGAAGUUAUCGUUAUUCAAAUGCAUUCUCAAAGAGUGUUUUUUUUGCUAUGGUUGAUUUUGAUGAUGCAUCUGAUAUAUUUCAAUCUUUAAAAUUAAAUUCAGCACCUGUAUUUAUUCAUUUUCCACCUAAAACGAGUCCCAAAAAAAGUGAUUAUAUGGAUAUUCAUCGUAGGGAAUUCUCUGCUGAACAAGUAGCAAAAUGGGUCUAUGAACGUGCUGAUAUUCGAAUUCAACUGAUUCGUCCACCAAAUUAUGCUCAAUUUUUGCCUAUAGUAUUAAUUAUAACAGCGAUACUUCUUCUUUUUUACAUCAAACGAGAAACGCCCAAGAUUUUUUAUAGCCCUAUAAUAUGGGGAAUAAUUACUGUCGGUCUCGUUUGUUACUAUAUUUCUGGACAAACAUGGAAUCGUAUUAACAAACCACCAUUUACAUCUCAACGUAAAACUGAUAUGGGAUUAUUCGCAAACGACUCAAAUAUGCAAUAUGUAGCCGAAACAUACAUAUAUCUUUUUCCACAUUUUGGAGUUUCAAUUGGUAUUAUACUAUUAAAUGAAGCACCCAAUGUUAAGUCCCGUAGGGGAAUACGAAAAAGCAUUAUGGCAUUUAUUGGUCUUGUAACAGUCGUCAUGUUGUUCAGUUUGAUACUUUCCAUUUUUCGAUCAAAAUAUCAAGGUUACCCAUAUAGCUUUUUAAUUAAAUAA